UAUAUCAAAGAAAAAAAAGAAAAAUGAGUAACAAGGUGGAAGCACGGAGCAUGGAGAUUUCCAUGGAAGAAGAAGGUUCUAUAAAGAAGAGGAAGAAGGUUCAAAACUUCCCGAAGAAGAUGAAGAAGAUUAUAAAGAUUCUAUGGAAUUUUGGAAAAGAAGAUCCGAGGAGAGUGAUACAUGCUUUGAAAGUAGGAAUUGCCUUAACACUUGUGUCUUUGUUGUAUCUCAUGGAACCUUUCUUCAAAGGUGUUGGUAAAAAUGCACUUUGGGCAGUCAUGACCGUCGUUGUCGUUCUUGAGUUCUCUGCCGGUGCAACAUUACGGAAGGGAUUAAAUAGAGGAUUAGGGACACUAAUAGCAGGAUCUUUGGCAUUUUUUAUUGAGUGGGUUGCGAUUCACUCCGGUAAAAUUCUCGGAGGUAUCUUCAUUGGCACUUCUGUUUUCAUCAUCGGAUCGACGAUAACAUACAUGAGAUUUAUCCCGUACAUAAAGAAAAACUACGAUUAUGGUAUGCUUGUAUUUCUUUUGACAUUUAAUCUAAUCACAGUAUCGAGUUAUAGAGUCGAUACUGUGAUUAAGAUUGCGCAUGCAAGAUUAUAUACCAUUUGUAUCGGUAUCGGCAUUUGCCUCUUCAUGAGCCUUUUGGUUUUCCCGAUAUGGUCUGGUGAUGACCUUCAUAAAUCCACUUUUACUAAGCUUCAAGGCCUCUCUCGAUGUAUUGAAGCAUGUGUGAUUGAGUAUUUUGAGGAUAAGGAGGGAGACAAAGAAACAUCAGAUUCAGAAUCUGAUGAUGAAGACUUGAUUUACAAAGGGUACAAGACUGUUUUGGAUUCUAAAUCAGCCGAUGAAGCACUCGCAAUGUAUGCAAGCUGGGAGAUAAGACACACAAGACUUUGCCAUAAAUUUCCAUCUCAACAAUAUAUCAAAGUUGGAUCCGUUCUUCGCAAGUUUAGCUACACUGUUGUCGCUCUUCAUGGUUGCUUACAAACCGAGAUUCAGACUCCAAGGUCUAUUCGUAUACUCUUCAAAGACCCUUGUGUUAGACUAGCUAGAGAAAUCUGCAAAGUCUUGUCUGAACUCUCCGAAAGCAUCGAAAACCGUCGUCAUUGCUCGCCGGAGAUUCUCUCCGAUAGUCUCGAAGCCGCUUUAAAAGAUCUCAACACUACAAUCACAUCACAGCCUAAGCUCUUUUUAGGCUCUAACCUUCACGGAGACCUCACCAACAAGCAUUUAAACGGCCACGUUUCGUAUUACAACGACACUACCACAAACGACAUCGUUUCAUAUAACAACGAUAAUAAUAACCCAAACGGUUGCGUUUUGGGACAAACUGUGGAACUAAACGACACCGUAUCGCCGCUUCCGUUAAACAGCGUCGUUUCGCUCUCUAGCUUGCGAUCGGUGAAGAAAUCGGCGGCGAUCGGAGAGAAGAGGAGACUGAGGAAACAGUUGAGCAAAAUCGCGGUUAUGAAGAGUUUGGAGUUUUCGGAAGCGUUACCGUUUGCUGCGUUUGCGUCGCUUCUUGUGGAGAUGGUAGCGAGGCUUGAUACUGUGAUUGAUGAGGUUGAGGAAUUGGGUACGAUCGCCUGUUUCAAGGAGUACGAUAAUACUGUGGACGUUAGAGUUGAGAAACCGGUUGAUCUAGUGAUUGGAGAUUGAAUUGAAAUUGAUCGUUACGAUACGGUUUAUUUUGGUUUUGUUUGGUUUCGGUAGAGAUUGUAUUGGUUUGUCUCGAUUUUUCAUGUGAUUCAGUUUUUGGCGAUUGAUUUUGUGUUUUUACU